AUGUCGGCCAGACCUACUCUGAGGGUAUCGACACCCCUCACUGCCAACUUCCCUCAUAUCCCGCCAUCCUCCUCAGAGCUCCGUUCCGCUGUCUCGUUACCCUCGGCUGUCUCGACAACCACUCCUCUUUCUGCCAUCUCGCGGACAUCGGCGUUCAGGGACCCCAUCCCUUCGUCUGGACUACCCUCCGCCGGGCUGCCUUCUGCUGGACCAUUUAGCGCCACUAUCAAGCUCGAACAUGAUUUGCAAAAGACGCCCAUUACCCCGCCAGUUGCAUAUCUGGAUUUCCUCAAGGGCAUGUCGCUUGUGUCACCAUGUCUCGCCUCACCACCACAAACAGGAAAGUCUGUCCUGAACCGGGCAAGCACCGCAAGCAGCACAAGCAGCACAAGCAGCACGCGAAGUAACGGCAGCAAGACAAGUAGCGCUUCAGCCGAGACCGAGGAUUCGGAGAAGGAGAAGGGCGACCCAGUCGAGAGUGCGCCAUCCACAGCACGGACCGACGUCAGCUGCGAGAGCGACGAGAAGGACAAGGAGGAUAAGGAGGAUAAGGAGGAGAAGUCCAAGAGCCCAAGACCGGCGCCCAUCGACACGAAGCGGCCGAACACGCCUCGCCACAACAGCUCCAACUGCCCGCUUUCCGCACCGCCAGCUGGGCCAGCCGUCUUCCCCAGCAUGAAGCUGCCCGCCUCGCCCGCGAUCUCCACAUCCGGCCUUAUCUACUCGCCAAGGUCACCGCUCAGCGCUGCAUCCGUGAGGUCGCCGUUCGACUGGGAGGCGGCGCUCAGGUCGCGGCGGUUUGCCGAGACGCCCGGCGGGUCAAAACGUCCCGCAGCACCCGACACGCCUGGCAUCCCUCCAGCGGCGGUAGCCGGCACGCCAAAAACGCCCGGCGGAGGGCACACCAAGCGGGAGUCAUCGUCGAGGACGAGCAUACGGCACAUCCGCGAGGUGGUCACGAGGACGGUCACCUACACACCAAGGAUGGGGCCCGCGCCCAAGGGCAAGAGGAGGAAGAUUGACCCCGAGACGGCAGUCAAGUCAUGA